UGCAACUAGCGCUCAGUUUUCCACCGACCGAUCUUUCAUAAUAAAUUAUCACAAGUUGUAGUACAGACUACAUUACAGCCCUACAAAACGGAAGUGUAUAGCAAUUCACCGCCUGAAAAGGAAAUGAUCACACUCAUUAGACCAGUGGCAAGUUGGAGCAUCCGCAAGAUUCCCAAAUUUUUGGAGGCCGCAUAGAAACGAGCGAUUUCGUACGACUGAUCUUGACAGAACUUGGCAACCACACGAACGAACUAUCAAGUGUAAAACACAUUGAGUGCAUCUAUACUAAAAGAAGAUACCUCUCUUUCAUAAGAAACAAGAUUAAACCAAAAAAUGUACGUCUCAAGAUUAGUUCGCAGGAUAGCUCCAGUGUUCCGUCUCUGCCAUCCCGGGCUACAGAGAGAUCUUGAUCGACACGGCCGUGGGAUGAUAACGGCGACGUCAAAAAAUGAAGCUAUGAUUGAACCAUGUCGACGACCGUUGGCCACUUCGUCGUACCAAUAUAGCCCUUUGAUCAAAAAGACGCUAAGUAUUAAAGACAAGAGAUCAAGACCAAGGUUUGCGGAAGACAGGAAAUCAACAGUGGAACCAGUGCUAGCUCCAGAUGAAGCUAAGGGAAUCGUACUUCGGCCGUCGACACCCGAAGAUUGCCGAGCCAUCUAUAAGUGUCUACUGGCUCACGCCGAAUGGGAAGGGUGCCGAGAUUUGUUCAAGAUAACCGAACAAGAUUUAAUCAGAGAUGGCUUCGGGGCAAAUCCAAUUUACCAAUGUGACGUAGCAGAAGCCCAUGAUGAGAGUGGUCAGACGUCAAUCAUUGGCUAUGGACUCUACACGUUCAUUUUCUGCGCUUGGGAUGGACGAAGUGCAUUAUGGGAAAACAUUUUCAUUCACCCCCAAUACAGAGAUCUCGGGAUCGGUUCGAUACUUUUGCACGAAGUUACGAAGAGAAUGUACGCUCUUGGAUGUCGUACAGUCUUAGGCUAUUUUGAUGAAAAUGAGAUAGGAUUGAAGCGCUGGUAUGUUGCCGAGGGCUACGAAAGCAUCACCAAGAAACACAAUUUCCAUCUCUACAUGCAGUCAGGGAAGAAAUUAGAGAGAUAUAUCAACCAAGAUGGUAAAAAUGAUGAGUACCUCAGUAAGGCUUCAUCACGUGGUAUUCACAUCAAAUCUAUUAUAUCAAAGAAUGACUAAAGUAGACGAUAGCACGAUUUCAAAGACUUUCGUUAAUUUUUUUUUUUCAUUUUUGUAUCAUUCCGUUUGUCAACCAAUCACAAAUGACUAUUUUUGCCACAAAUGAUCAUUG